CUAAAAGAGAGAAAAUGUAUUUCAAAGCUUUUCUCCUCCUUUUAAUUUCUCUUUUUGCCGCUUUUGUGGUCAACAAUGCUCGAACCAUUUCUAAUAUGGAUGAAGUUGAUGAUGUGUCAGCAACAAUGCCUGGAAAGAAAAAUAAUGUGGGAGGAAAGUCCAAUCAAGUACUCCCUCAAGGUGAGGAAGGAAUGGAUGAUUUAACUGAAGAUUACGAUGAUUCAGAUGAAGAUGAUGAGGACUAUGAUGAUAUGGAUGACGAUUAUGAUGUGUACAAUAAUGAUGAUUAUCUUAAAUCUCAAAUGGAUGACAUUGAUUCGCUUGAAGCAUACGAAGAAUUGCCGCGUAUGGACAACUAUGGAAAAAUGGCUGAAGAAGAAGAAGUGAUGCCGGAAAUGAAUAUGAAUAAUGGAAAAGAACCUAAACAAGAUUCAUCAAUUAACACUCAAACAAUUAAUGGCGCCGAUCACGUUGUUUCUCCAAUGUCAGAUGCCCCUUCACAAAAAAUGGAACAAGCACCACAAGCCGUAAAAACAGGUGCUAAUCAAAAAGAGGUUAAAACAAAGGAGGUCAAACAAAAGGAAAUUAAGCCAAAGGAUGCUAAAACAAAAGAUGCUAAACAAAAGGAUGCUAAACCAAAGGUUGCUGACAAACAUAAAGCACCUGCUCCUGCAAAGCCAAAAAAGGGAACGAAAGAUGCAAAAACUGCUAAAAGUCCCAUCGCUAAACCAAAGGUUAAAGCAACUAAGCCUGCGCCAAAAAAGAAGGCUGCCUCAAAGAAAGCAUCAGCACCAAAGAAAGCAAAUGCCAAAGCAACGCCUAAGAAAAAUGCCGCGGGUGGAGGAAAGGAUAAAGCUGCUAAAAAAGCAAAGUCAAAGAAAAAUUAA